GGGCAGCUGGGCUGGGCUGCCAGGAGCCAACGCGCGCGCUCCGUGUCCUCCUCUCGCGCCGCUCCCGACCAGUCCCCGCGCCGCGGUGCCCCAGGAGUCCCCUCAGCCCCGCACUCCGCACCCGCAGGCUCGCCGGUGCACGGCUACCGCCGUCCUCUGGCCGCGCGGUUGGCCUCGCCCCGCCCCGCCCGGUCUUUCCUCGCCCCGCCCCGCUCCGGUCAGCCCCGCCCCGCCCCGAGCCUCCUAGCCGUUCCCGCCCUCGCCCAGCGCCCAGGUAGCUGCGAGGAAACUUUUGCAGCGGCUGGGUAGCGGCACGUCUCCCGCUCCUCAGGGCCACUGCCAGGCUUGCCGAGUCCUGGGACUGCUCUCGCUCCCGCUGCCACUCUCCUGCGCUCUCCUCGCUCCCUGCGAAGCAGGAUGGCAGGGACCGUGCACACCGCGUGCUUGGUGGUGGCGAUGCUGCUCAGCUUGGACUGCCCGGGACAGGCGCAGCCCCCGCCGCCGCCGCCGGACGCCACCUGUCACCAGGUCCGCUCUUUCUUCCAGAGACUGCAACCCGGACUCAAAUGGGUGCCUGAAACCCCCGUGCCAGGGCGGGAAGGUGGGAGCUGGUUCCCCUGGCCUCGGCGGACUGGCUCCCCACAUCCAAGCUGGCGCCUCGGGAAUUUGCCGCCCUCGCUUGCACGAUCAGAUUUGCAAGUAUGUCUCCCCAAGGGCCCAACAUGCUGCUCAAGAAAGAUGGAAGAAAAAUACCAACUAACAGCACGAUUGAACAUGGAACAAUUGCUUCAGUCUGCGAGUAUGGAGCUCAAGUUCUUAAUUAUUCAGAAUGCUGCAGUUUUCCAAGAGGCCUUUGAAAUUGUUGUUCGCCAUGCCAAGAACUACACCAAUGCCAUGUUCAAAAACAACUAUCCGAGCCUGACCCCACAAGCUUUUGAGUUUGUGGGUGAAUUUUUCACUGAUGUGUCUCUCUACAUUCUGGGUUCUGACAUCAACGUGGAUGACAUGGUCAAUGAAUUGUUUGACAGCCUGUUUCCAGUCAUCUAUACCCAGCUAAUGAACCCAGGCCUGCCUGAGUCAACCUUAGACAUCAAUGAGUGCCUCCGAGGGGCAAGACGUGACCUAAAAGUAUUUGGGAAUUUCCCCAAGCUUAUUAUGACACAGGUUUCCAAGUCACUGCAAGUCACUAGAAUCUUCCUCCAGGCCCUGAAUCUUGGAAUCGAAGUGAUCAACACAACUGAUCACCUGAAGUUCAGUAAGGACUGUAGCCGAAUGCUCACCAGAAUGUGGUACUGCUCUUACUGCCAGGGACUGAUGAUGGUUAAGCCUUGUGGUGGCUACUGCAAUGUGGUCAUGCAAGGCUGUAUGGCAGGUGUGGUGGAGAUUGACAAGUACUGGAGAGAAUACAUUCUGUCUCUGGAAGAACUGGUGAAUGGCAUGUACAGAAUCUACGACAUGGAGAAUGUACUGCUUGGUCUCUUUUCGACGAUCCACGAUUCCAUCCAGUAUGUCCAGAAGAAUGGAGGAAAGCUGACCACCACCAUUGGCAAGUUAUGUGCCCAUUCUCAACAACGCCAAUAUAGAUCUGCUUAUUAUCCUGAAGAUCUGUUUAUUGACAAGAAAGUAUUAAAAGUUGCUCAUGUAGAACAUGAAGAAACCUUGUCCAGCCGAAGAAGGGAACUAAUUCAAAAGUUGAAAUCUUUCAUCAGCUUCUAUAGUGCUUUGCCUGGCUACAUCUGCAGCCAUAGCCCUGUGGCCGAAAACGACACUCUUUGCUGGAAUGGACAAGAGCUCGUGGAGAGGUACAGCCAAAAGGCAGCAAGGAAUGGAAUGAAAAAUCAGUUCAACCUCCAUGAGCUGAAAAUGAAGGGCCCUGAGCCAGUGGUCAGUCAAAUUAUUGACAAACUGAAGCACAUUAACCAGCUGCUGAGAACCAUGUCUGUGCCCAAAGGCAGAGUUCUGGAUAAAAACCUUGAUGAGGAAGGGCUUGAAAGUGGAGACUGUGGCGAUGAUGAAGACGAGUGUAUCGGAGGCUCUGGAGAUGGAAUGAUGAAAGUGAAGAAUCAGCUCCGCUUCCUUGCAGAACUGGCUUAUGAUCUGGACGUGGAUGAUGCUCCUGGAAGCAACCAACAUGUGAAUCAGAAGGACAAUGAGAUAGUCGCCUCUCACAACCUCGGGAAUGGCCAUUCCCCACUGAAGGUUCUAACCAGCUUGGCAAUCUAUGUGGUGUGCUUUUUCUUCCUGGUGCACUGACUUCCUAGUGCCCAGCUCACGUGCUGCCCUUCAGCACCCUGUGGUCUUCCUCUAUAAAGGGAACCACCUUCUUAUUUUUUUCUAUUUUUUUAUCUUAUAUACUUCCUCCAGCCAUUAAGUAGAAGACUAACCAUGUGUUAUGUUUUCGAAAAUCAAGUGGUAUCUUCACGAGGAAGGUAAAUUUUAGUGGUAGUAUAGAUUGUCCUUUUGCAAAGAAAAAAAUCAAGCUGUGUCAAAUUAUUUUCCUAUGUUUGGCUUCUAGAACAUGGUUACCAUGUCUUUCUCUCUCUUUCUCUUUGCAUGGAUUUCUUUGGGAAAAAAAAAUAAAUGCUCAAAUAAAAAUG